AAUUAAUAUUUAAAAUAUCUUCAGUUAAAACUUGAAUUUAUACAUACAUAGAAAAUCUGCCGUUGAAAUUAGCGGGUUGGGGUGGCCGGAUUUGUAGUGGAGUUGUAAAAUAUAAAAAAUAAACAGAAUUAAAAUUCAUCUUUCUUCGAUCUUCACUGCAUCUAAAAUUAAAACCCUAGCCGCAACUUCUCGUUCUCCUCCCUCACCAAACUGCUUCUUUUUUGUCAAUCGCAAAUUUCCCGAAACCCAACAUCCAUCACAUUCUGUUCCUUUACUAAAGCAAUUCAAGCUCUUGUUGGAACUCGUUGCAAACUCGAUAUCUGAUAAGAAAAUGAAAAGUCCAUAAAACAAACUUUUAAGGAACACAGAGAACAAUAUUGUUUUAGAAUUUUAUUUGUGUUUGUCAGUUCUGAGAUUUCUGAGCUGCUCCUUCAAUCUGUGCACAUGGCUUCUCUUUGUCUUCACUAUUUCUCAUCAGCAUUAUACAGAAGUUACAGCUUCAAAACCGCCAUUCAAGUUAACUUAUUAACACCCAAAACUUCUCUAUCAAAAAUGGCUUCUUCUGAAUAUUCAUUCACUACUGGCACUAGAAGACCCGAGUGCAGAAUUCAUACUCAUGCUCAUUCAUUCACAUCUGACCAUCGCCCAAAUCCAAUUGAUCCGAAUCAAAUAGCUCACGAGUUUCGCUUCUUCAGAGUCUACAAAGACGGCCGGAUCGAAAAGUUCCGGUCCACAGAAAAGAUUCCUCCCUCGGAUGACCCGAUAACCGGGGUCCGAAUCAAAGAUGUCGAAAUAUCAUCUCAACCCGCUGUUUCAGCUCGUAUUUUCUUGCCCAAGAUCCAUGAUUCGACACGGAAACUCCCGAUUCUUUACCAUGUCCAUGGUGGUGGGUUUUGCUUCCAAUCAGCUUUCUCUCCUCUCCAUUCGAAGUAUCUCACUCUGUUGACGGCUGAAGCAAAUGUUAUUACCGUAUCGGUUGAAUACGGGUUGUUCCCGGAUAGACCCAUACCCGCGUGUUAUGAGGAUUCAUGGGCUGGGCUCCAGUGGCUGGCGGGUCAUGUACAUGGAAAUGGACCCGAGCCAUGGAUCAAUGAUCAUGCUGAUUUCAGACGGGUUUUCAUAGGUGGAGAGAGUGCUGGAGGGAACAUCUCACAUAAUUUAGCUGUUCGGAUCGGGUCACUCGGGUUACCGGGAGUGAACUUGGCAGGUAUGGUUUUGGUGCAUCCGUAUUUUGGGGGGACAGAUGAUGAUAAAAUGUGGUUUUACAUGUGUCCAUCAAACGGUGGGCUGCAGGAUCCGAGGCUGAAACCGAGUGCAGGGGAUCUAGCAAGGCUGGGGAGUAAAAGGGUGCUGAUGUUUGUGGCUGAAAAAGAUCAUUUAAAUGUAGUCGGCAGAAAUUAUUACAAGGAAUUGAAAGAAAGUGGGUGGGAAGGAAGUGUAGAGAUUAUAGAAAAUGAAGGAGAAGACCAUUGUUUUCAUAUGGAGAAUUCAAGUAAUGAGAAGGCUGUUGCUCUUAUUCAGAGAUUUGUCUCUUUUAUGAAAGAAGAAUAACGAAAGUAAUUGUUGAGAUGUUUUGGUUAUUUCAGUUUGUGUAUGGUUAUGAGAUUAGAGUUGUUUUUCAAGAAAAGAACAAUGUGGGUGGAUUCUCAUUUUCAAAUACCUGUUUCUUAAUUAAUGCCUUAUUCAU